AUGUGGACAAAACUCUUAUCCGUUGCCGCCAGCCUGCCAUUGGCCUUGGGCUUCAACAACCCGCCGGGAGUCGAUAUUUGGUGCGGGAAGGCUUACCGAGCCAGCAAUGCCUCGUUCAACCCCGGUGGCUGGUUUGAAAUGCCCUCAUACUCGUCCACCCCACUACUCAACUUCAAAGUCCGACCCCGAAUGAGUAUCUACCUCGACACCGACGCAACAGGGAGUCUUCUCGUCGACACCUCCAUCUCGCAUCUCUUCGGCGACCCAUUACCCAUUGAGACCACCAGUCCUUCCACCACCCAACACCUACACCUCAACAUCCACAUCCUCGCAGAAGAUGGUACUCCCGUCGCCACCAUAACGAACCACACCCUUUCUCUCAACACUACCAACACCGAAAUUCCCCUCCCGUUCGACAACCUCACCCCCCAAUUAACCCCCUACACCAUCACCACCAUCGCGUCCCUCUCCAACACCACCACCAUCUUCACCUCGAUCUCCGACCUGUACUACCUCCCCCACCGCGCCGACGGCGGCAGCGCCACCCGCAUCGACCACCGCUACAACAGCCUCUCUUACCUCCGAGGCACAAACACCACCUGGACCCCCAUCAUCCCCUACACCUACUACGCCCAAUGGUCCCUCUACUGGGACACCUCCCCCAGCACCCUCGCCACAUUCACCUCCAAAGGCUACAACACAAUCCACAUCGUCCCCACCGGCACCCUCUCCGACACCCCCUUCCCCUGGUCCACCUUCACCCCCUACCUCACCCUCUCCGACACCCUAGGUCUCCACCUCCAAUACGACCUCCUCUGGGACCCCACCAACCUCACCACAAUGAUCAACCAGAUCUCCCACAUUCACACCCACCCGUCCCUCCUCCUCUACUACACCGGCGACGAACCCGACGGGAAAUCCAACCCCCUCAACUCCACAAAACACGCCUACGACACCAUCCGCGCCCUAGACCCGUACCACCCCACCUCCCUCGCCCUGAACUGCAAUAACUUCUACUACGAGAACUACGCCUCCGGCGCAGAUAUAAUCCUCUCGGACGUCUACCCUAUUAGUACGAAUACCUCCUGGUCAACGGUCUACAACACACCGUGUAAUGCCACGUACGGAUGCUGUGGGUGCGAUGACUGCGAGGGGAAGUUUGAGGAUAUUAGUUCGAGGAUCGAUCAAUUCCGAUCCUUUGAUGAGGUGAUUGGCUGGGAGAAGGUGCAUUGGGGUGCGCCGCAGGCGUUUGGGAAUGAGACGUUUUGGACGAGGUAUCCUACCGC